AUGCAGAUUCUAGGGUGGGUUUCCAAGCUUUUACUGCUAUAUUUCUUUCUUGAUGUGGUGUCACUACUGUCACUUGCUCAAACAAUAAGCCCACCACUAAAGAACCCAGUUUGCUCAGAGGCAGAUAGGUUGGCUCUUCUUGGGUUCAAAGCCAGAAUCUUGAAGGAUACUACAGAUAUUCUCUCUUCAUGGAUAGGGAGAGAUUGUUGUGGAGGAGAUUGGGAGGGUGUUCAAUGCAAUCCUGCCACAGGGAGGGUUACUGGUUUGGUGUUGCAGGGACCUGCGAGGGACAGUGGCAUUUACAUGAGAGGCACUUUGUCAUCUUCUCUUGGCAGUUUGGCAUUCUUGGAGGUAAUGCUGAUAAGUGGUAUGAAGCAUAUUGCAGGUCCUAUUCCUGAAAGUUUCUCUAGUUUGACCCAUCUUACACAACUGGUCCUGGAGGAUAAUUCUCUUCAAGGGAACAUUCCUCCUGGUUUAGGCCAUUUGUCCUCUCUCAAUACCCUCUCAUUAAGUGGAAACCAUUUGAGAGGGCAGAUUCCUCCAAGCCUAGGGAACUUUAAAAAGCUCCAGCAAUUCAGUUUAGCAAGAAAUUUGUUAUCAGGUCCAAUCCCAGCCACUUUCCAAAAUCUCCUUAGUUUGCAAUCUCUUGAUUUGAGUUUCAAUUUGUUGUCUGGUUUGAUUCCAGAUAUUCUGGGGCACUUUCAAAAUCUUACCUUCAUUGACCUGUCCAACAACCAAUUGUCAGGGCUGUUGCCAACUUCACUGUUCAGCCUGUUCAAACUUCAGGACUUGUCCCUGGAUCAUAACCAGCUGGCAGGAAGAAUCCCAGAUCAAAUCACAGGCCUAAAAUCUCUUACACGUCUUUCUUUGAGCUCUAAUAGGCUUAUAGGUCAGAUUCCUGCAACCAUUUCGAGCUCAAAGAACCUUUGGUACCUUAACUUAUCCAGAAAUGGGCUCUCAGAUCCUUUGCCAGUUAUUCAAGCUGGGGGUCUUCCUUCUCUGUUGUCAGUAGACCUGUCUUACAACAACCUCAGCUUAGGGAACGUUCCUGAUUGGAUCAAAGAUAGAGAACUCUCAGAUGUUCACCUAGCUGGCUGUAAACUUAAAGGAAACCUUCCGAAAUUUACAAGACCAGAUUCUUUGAGCUCUUUAGACCUAUCUGAUAACUUUCUCACAGGUGGCAUUGCUGGUUUCUUCACCAACAUGUCCAAUUUGCAGAAGCUCAAGCUGUCAAAUAACCAAUUGAAGUUUGAUAUUUUAGAGAUCAAAUUGCCAGAUGGAAUUUCUUCGGUCGAGCUUCAAUCAAAUCAGCUCAGUGGGUUUCUCUCAAGGAUCUUAAAUAACAGGACAAGCAGCUUUUUGGAGGUUUUAGAUGUAUCAGGCAAUCAAAUUUCAGGCACAAUCCCAGAAUUCAUUGAAGGAUUGAGCUUGAAGGUUCUAAACAUAGGAAACAACAGGAUUACAGGUCAGUUCCCUGCUUCAAUCUCAAACCUUAAUGAACUGGAGAGGAUAGAUAUUUCACGGAACCAGAUAACAGGAAUCAUUCCGACGAGCUUGGGACUCCUGUCGAAUCUUCAAUGGCUUGACCUUUCUAUCAACAGACUCACAGGGAAGAUCCCAACUAGCUUGUUGGGAAUUACAAAUCUGAGACAUGCAAACUUCAGGGCCAACAGACUUUGUGGACAGAUCCCACAAGGCAGACCUUAUGAUAUCUUCCCUGCAGGAGCUUAUGCUCACAAUCUAUGCUUAUGUGGCAAACCUCUGCCACCUUGUAGGACAUAG